UACCUUGGUUCCUAUGAUUUGGGGUUUGGGUUGGAGGAGGAUCAUAGUUCCUACUGAGUGAGACUUACCUGCUCCUCUAGCAUCUGUUCUUUCCUGUUCUCCUCAUGGUGCGACUGUGCUUCCCUGGAGGCUCCUGGAUGGCAGCUCUGACAGUGGUACUGAUGGUGCUGAGCCCUCCCCUGGCUUUGGCCAAGGACACGCAACCGCGUUUCUUGGAGCAGGCUAAGUUUGAGUGUCAUUUCCACAACGGGACCGAAAGGGUGCGGCUCCUGGUCAGAUGGAUCUCUAACCGGGAGGAGAACGUGCGCUUCGACAGCGACGUGGGGGAGUUCCGGCCGGUGACGGAGCUGGGGCGGCCGGACGCCGAGUACUGGAACAGCCAGAAGGACUACCUGGAGCAGACGCGGGCCGCGGUGGACACUGUGUGCAGACACAACUACGAGAUCUUAGACCGCUUCCUGGUGCCGCGGCGAGUUGAGCCUACGGUGACCGUGUAUCCUGCAAAGACUCAGCCCCUGCAGCACCACAACCUCCUGGUCUGCGCUGUGCAUGGUUUCUACCCAGGCAAGAUUGAAGUCAAGUGGUUCCGAAAUGGCCAGGAAGAGGAGGCUGGUGUGGUCUCCACAGGCCUGAUUCAGAAUGGAGACUGGACCUUCCAGACCCUGGUGAUGCUUGAAACAGUUCCUCAGAGUGGAGAGGUUUACACCUGCCGAGUGGAGCAUCGGAGCCUGAUGAACCCUGUCACGGUGGAAUGGAGAGCACAGUCUGAAUCUGCACAGAGCAAGAUGCUGAGUGGAGUUGGGGGCUUUGUUCUGGGUCUGCUCUUCCUUGGGGCGGGGCUGUUCAUCUACUUCAGGAACCAGAAAGGACACUCUGGACUUCAGCCAACAGGACUCCUGAGCUGAAGUGAAGAUGGUGACGCUCCGGGAGGAAACUUCUGUCCCAGCUUCGCAGCAUGCAAAGGUUUCCUGCUUGGCUCCUGUUCUUCCUCACAGAGAGCACUUUCUCAGGACUUUGUGUGCUCCUGUUCAGAGACCCUGCAGACCAGUGUCCUUCCUGAUGACUUCUCAGCCAUGCCAUUGGCCUGGAAGUCCCAGUAUUGGCUUAGCACUUUAUCUCCAGUCUUCCCUGUCCCCUUUGUACCCAGCCCUAUUGCCUCCCAUGCAGCUGCAGUCACCUUGUGCCGAAUUACUUCA